AUGCGGUCGCGGCUGCAGCUGCAAGUGGUGCUGGCGGUGCUGGCGGCGCCCGCGUGGGCGGCGCUGCUGGUGGCGGCGCCGGGCCCCGCGUGCGUGUGCUCGCCCGCCGAGUGCGAGCCGGUGUCGGCGGCGGAGUGCCCGGGCGGCGCGGGCACCGUGUGGGACGCCUGCGGCUGCUGCCGCGUGUGCGCGCGCGCCGAGGCGCAGCCCUGCGGAGGGCCCUACGGCUUCUACGGCUCCUGCGGGCCCGGCCUGCUCUGCGUGCUCCAGCCGGGCCGGCCGCCGCUGCGCUCCGCCGACGGCGUCUGCACUCGUCGACCGUGUGACGUCAACCGCCAUCUCGCAGUAAUCGACUGUCACUUCCUGUCGGCUGCAGUCGUUUGUUGCGGAAUGGUCGGAAAUCGAUGUGCCCGCCACGCCGGCUCGAGGACGUUUUGCUUGCGCUGCAGCCGGGAGGGAUUUCUGCUUUUCCUCGACAGGCGAGCGGGCCAACGCCAAACAGCCCGGCAGGUGCGGGGUGGCGGAUCCGAGGAAGGCGGGCGCCUACCGCAGUUCGCGAACAACACGGAUUUUAAGUAUUAUCCACGUGUCAGUAAGUAA